AGCGGAAUCGGUAUCGGUGCCUCCCCCAUGGAAAAGAAGCGAACGAGGAAGGAGGAGGACGACGAGCCCGUGACGGUGGUCGCUGCUGCGGCUGUGUCGUCGGAGGAGGAGGCGAAGGGGUGGUCCGAGCGGGGGUGGCGGAGCGGGGAGGAGACCUGGCCGCGCAAGGGCGACGGCGGCGGAGGGGUGAUGCUGGAGGGGUACGUCUUGGGCUCGGCGGACGGCGGGGAGCGGGGGCCUGGUGGUGUCAAGGGGACGAGGAGCCUCACGGACGACGACCUGGAGGAGCUCAAGGCGUGCCUCGACCUAGGGUUCGGGUUCAGCUACGAGGGGAUCCCGGAGCUCUGCAACACGCUCCCAGCGCUGGAGCUCUGCUAUUCCAUGAGCCAGAGGUUCCACCUGGACGAUCAGCAAGAACAGAUAUCUCAUGGGGACUCGCUUCCCUUCGCCAAUUGGAUGAUCUCCAGUCCUGGUGAUGAUCCAGAUGAAGUUAAAGCAAGGCUGAAGUACUGGGCUCAGACAGUAGCAUGCACUCUCCGAUUAUGCAGCUGAAAGAGUUUGCAUUACUUUGAGUUUGUCUACUGUUGGAAGAAGUAAUAUAUAUACAUGUGAAUCCACCGCCAACGCUAACUUCUUUGGAGUGAAUCAUCUGCUCAUUACCACUGGGAUUAAACCAUUCUUCUACCAUUCCGAAGAGCUCUUCGUCUUGAAUACAAUUCUGAAGAUGGAAAAUGAAGGCCUAUAACAAAAAGAACGAACAGGAAGAAGAGCAAAGAGAAGAGAGGUCCACUGUACCAUGUCUGGCCUGCAGGCCUAUAAAGAAGAACGACUGCGAUUUUUCAUGUAUGGCACAUGAUCAAUUAUAGUGUUCUUCUUGGUAUGAAUAAUAUCAAUUUGUAUCAAGUAACUGUUCUGUGCAAUCAUGUUAGUUGC